UUCCCGCCCUUAGAGACCGUCACUGUCUGUCAAACAUACUGGGGAAAAAUGGCGACGAGUAUACUGCGGCUCCCGCUGCGCCUCUCGCUCACAAACAUGGGGCUCAUGAGCCGCGGAACCGGCUCCAAAACACCGAACAUAUCCCGGCUGACCCAGAGCAGGACCGCGGUAUCGACAGGUUCGGGAGCCAUCUUACCAAAACCGGACAAAACACCCUUUGGUCUUAUCCGCAUGACAAUUGUGGUGGUGCCUUUCCUGUAUGUGGGAACUCUGAUCAGCAAGAACUUUGCCGCUCUCCUGGAGGAGCACGAUAUCUUCGUCCCCGAGGAUGACGACGACGACGACUGAGCUAACGUCAAAAAAAAAAAAACAGGGUGCAAACCAGCCAGCACAAGGAAGACGGCGGACGAUGGGACACUUUGACGCUGUUUACCUCCGCCCAUCUCCGUCCUCUCUCCUCUGCUAUUUAUGUUGUUUUCACUAAAAUCAUUUUUAAGAAAUAUCAUAUCAUGUGAGGCGUUCUAAAAGUCAAGUUACGCCUUCACUCUUGUUUGCAUGUUUGUGUCUGUCACUCAAUAAACGGAGUCGAUUGCACAUGAA